CCCGUCCUCGCGACCGCUUCCGGGGUCGGCGCCGUGACGCGCCGGUCGUGACGUGAGGAGCGCGCUGGGGGCCGGCUCGGGCCCGGGGCCGGCUAAGAUGGCGGCGGGGAAGGUGAAGCAGGACAUGGCGCCGCCCGGCGGCUACGGCCCCAUCGACUACAAGCGGCACCUGCCGCGGCGCGGCCCGUCGGGGUACACCCUGUUCGCGCUGGGCGUCGGCUCCAUGGUCUACGGCUACUACACGCUCUUCAAGUGGAACCGGGAGCGCAGGCGCCUGCAGAUCGAGGAGCUGGAGGCCCGCAUCGCCGUCUUCCCCCUGCUGCUGGCCGAGCACGACCGCAGCUUCUGUUUCAGGACCCUGCGGCUCUUGCGGGAGAACCUGGAAGAGGAGGCCAUCAUCAUGAAAGACGUUCCCGGCUGGAAGGUGGGCGAGACCGUGUACCACACUGACCGCUGGGUGACCCCGUCCAUAGCUGAGCUCUAUUACCUCCGGCCGAAGGCGGAGCAGGAAAAUGCCAUGCACGGCUUUCAGUGGUACGUCUGAGGCCUGGCGGCAGGAGGCCUCCGUGGUGCGAGCGGCAGGGUGUGCGGGACGUGCGCUGUCCAAGGUCUGUGUGCUGCAGUGUGCGACAUUAAACAGUCUGGAAACGA